AUGCUCCCCGCGUUCGUCCCCGCGUUCCCACUCCAUCUCGACGCACGCCCACCCCAAAGUUGGACACCCCGCGUUUCUCCGUGUCUUGUAGCGGGGCUGCCUAUAGAGGAGCUAGACGCGCACCUGAACUUCCGCCGCGGAUGGACCCUGGGCUUCGUGGACGACGUGGAGGACAAGACGCAGAUCUUACCGUUCCUCAGAGCCAACAUGGAUCCCAGCUUGCACACGAGGAAGCGGAGGGUGCUUAUAGACCUUGGAGCCAAUAAGUUUGAGACAAGUGUCACCUGGUUCCUUCGAAUGUAUCCCCUCGAUUUCACCGAGAUUCAUGCAGUGGAAGUGGAAAUUGAUCUGUUCCAGAAGCCAUCCACACCGCCCCUUGAGGUACCAGCCUAUGAUAUCAACUCGCACUCUCGCCUGCGUCCGUUCCACGGGGGCCCUGCAGGCUUCCCUGCGUGGCUGAUGGACCGCGUUCACCCCUACAACUUCUUCAUCUCUUCCCAGGACAACCAACAAGAGAACACUGUCAACGUGACGCGGUGGCUGCUGGACGAGCUGCAGUUGAGAGAGGAUGACACAGUGAUAGUGAAGAUGGACACAGAGGGGGCGGAGUGGGCCGUGCUGCACGAGUGGCUGGCCAUCCCGCGCAUGCCCGCCAUCGUGGAUGAGCUGUUUGUGGAGGUGCACUACCACCACCCCUCCAUGGAGGGUCUGACGUGGACGGAUAGGUUCAAUCACACGCUUGACGACACAACACAGCUGCUCACUGACCUGCGGAGAGCCGGAUUCUAUGUUCACCCGUGGCCGUAG